ACCAAAAAGUUAAAAGGUUCACCAACUAUUGACACCUCUUUAUAUACACUUGCGGAAUGCUAGAUUUGAUCAAUCUAAGCAUCCUCUACAUAUCUCACAGCGAAAUACACUAGUCUGCAGAAGUUUGCAGCUGCACCGAAAAGACAGUUCGAGUCAUUAAGUCCAGAAGUUAUCAAAUCUUCCCUGCGCAUAAAUUAUGAAGACUUCACAGAAACAAGUUAUUGGAAUUCCAAUCAGAACAGCAUCAUAUGCAGUUGAGAAGAUGCCGAGACUGUUACUUGAAAAUGCUGAGCAGCGCUAUAUUCCAAGUCCUGCAAAUAAAGCUCUCGCAUGCAAGCAAAAUAAAAUAGAUUCGAUGCUUAAAAGGAUGAACAAGCUAGGGAAAAAAGCUGACAAAUUUGCUCAUGGAAUCCGAGAGCAUAUGAGGCUGGGGACCAAGAUCACUGAAACUCUUGUAGGGAAGCUGAGCUUGGGGGCUAGGAUCCUUCAAGUAGGAGGGGUGAAGAAAGUUUUUAGGCAGUUAUUUAGUGUUAGUGAAGGAGAAAGAUUGUUGAGAGUUUGUCAAUGUUAUUUGUCAACCACAGCUGGUCCUAUUGCAGGCCUCCUCUUUAUCUCUACUGAAAAGCUUGCCUUCUGCAGUGAGAGAUCAAUUAAGUUGUCUUCUCCAGAAGGAAAAUUGGUCAGAAUUCAUUAUAAGGUAGUUGUCCCAUUAAGAAAGAUAAAGACAGCCAACCAGAGUGAGAAUGCGAAGAAGCCAUCAGAGAAGUACAUAGAAAUAGUUACUGUAGAUGAUUUUGAUUUCUGGUUUAUGGGUUUCUUCAGCUACCAGAAAGCUUUCAAGUCUCUUCAGCAGGCAGUAACUCAAGCUCAGAUGAAUACAAGUCAUUCAACUCUGAUGUAAACAUAAGUUUUUCCCUCUUUUCUUUCAUCAAAUGUAAAUUAAUGACAUGAAGAGGGGUCAACAUCAUCAGUUGAUCAAAGUACCUGUAGCUAGAAAGCUCCUAUAAAUAUGAGAAUUAAUGGUUAUUGAUUUUUCAA